UGUUUUAUUAUCACAGUGAACCAAACAUUUUUAUAAUAGUGCUUUUAUCACUUUUUAAAACUCUGCAUGAAGCAUAAACAAUUCUCUGUUGAAAUAGUUAUGCAAUGCGUCCUUGAUCUUUGAUGUGAAGCAUUUAUAUCUUGACAACCUUUGAGUUAUGAGAUCAAUCCACUAUUGACAGCUUAGUAUCUCUGAACAGUUCUACACAGUUGCGUCUUUUGAUAUUGUCUUUCAAAAUGCCUGAAGCCUGGUACAUGGAUGAAUCCUCAGAAGACCCGAGAACUGAACAUCAUUUAAAUCCUCCUCAGUUUAUCGCAAUCGAAAAUUUAUAUGAUUUGUCGGGAGUAGAAUAUUGGCGAAUUGAUGUUGACAAUCUUGAUAAAGAAAAGCAAUAUGAUGAACUGAGGAAAAGUAGGGGCUAUGAUUAUGAAGAUUUAGUUGAAAUUUCAAAGGACACCUUGCCUGAGUAUGAUGAAAAGAUCAAAGCAUUUUAUACGGAGCAUCUGCAUACAGAUGAAGAAAUACGUUUGUUCCUAAAGGGCAGUGGAUAUUUUGAUGUUCGGGAUAAGAAUGAUAAGUGGAUUCGUAUUAAAGCAGCAAAAGGCGAUCUUCUUGUUUUACCUGCUGGUAUUUACCACAGAUUUACUCCUGACAAUAAUAACUAUGCCAAGGUAAUGAGGCUCUUCUGUGGAACACCUGUCUGGAAAGCUUAUAAUCGUCCUGCUGAUGAUAAUCCUGCAAGAGUAAAAUACUUGAACACUAUUGCUGCUUCAGCAUAGUUAUAAAGUAAAUUGGUGUGAGAAAACACCCUGAUUGAUCAUUAUUUUGUAUAAAGUUUUCUGUUAAAUUUCAAUAUAAUUUUCUUGGGAGUGUUGGAAUACAAUUGAGAUGAAUAAAAUUUUAUUUUGCUAAAAAAAAAA